AUGGAAAAAAAUUCAUUAUUUACCACAAUCACUACCACCAUCGCCGAUAUUCCAACAACUGCUGCUAUCAGUAUGGAUAAUAAACCUCCUGCUUACGCUCCUAUUAAAAAAGAGUAUAUCGAUGAAAAGAGUGAUAAUCCAAGAACUAGUUGUGAAAACUAUGACAAAGUGGUUAUGGAAAGACCGAGACAUAAAUAUCGUGGCAUGAACCGCGAACGCAGAAAGGAAAUGGCCAAGAAAAAUGUGAGCUGGCCCGUAAGGGAUGUUUGUGAAGUCAGAUCAGAAGCUAUAAUUUGGGCCGUUGAGCAGUUACCUUGUCUAUGGAAUUUAGCAUGUGAAGAUUAUCGAGAUAGGACAAAGCGGCGACAGGGAUGGUCUACUGUUAGCCGCAUGCUUAUUCAUGAUUUUGAAAAUAAGGACUUGACAGAACGUCAAAGAAUUGAAAAAGAAAUACAAAGUAAAUGGAAAAAUAUACGCGAUUGUUAUGUGAGAGAUGUACGAAGAAAGAAUGGCGAAGGAAUAAAAUCGAGAGGUAAACGAACGCGCGAAUAUAUCCAUGCCGGAUUGCUAGCAUUCCUGGGUACUCCGUGUGUUACUAAGCCAGAUUCUGUUCAUUCUUCAGCAACUGAUCCUGGAAAUUCUUGUGAUUUCGUUCUCGAUAAUACUGUGAAGCCUUUUUUGGACCAUAGUGCAGAGGUUAACUGUAACUGGAUAAAGCAGGAAAAAUUGGAGGAGGAACUGAGAAUAAUUCUGGAAAAACGAUGUCCGGAUCCGGAAGAUGAUGAAGAUAGCGCUUUCUUCUCUACCUUACUUCCUACUAUAAGAAAUUUGGAUCCAGAACAAAAAGUUGAAUUUCGUUUGGAAGUUCUUCAAGCUCUACGGCAAAUUACUACAAAACAACCAUCGCCACCAUUACUUUUUCAAUCCGAAAAUCUAAACAUUAGCUCUAAUGCUAAUUUAUCAGGAAGUGUGUCUAGAAACGGCAGUAUCCCUUCGAAAACUGAAAGCAGUGUUAUUUGUUCGGGCAUCUCUGGCUCAGACUCUUUUGCUUUGCAAUUUAAAGCUACUGAAGACUUUAUGAUAUCCUUGCGAAAUAUGCAGCAGGAAUGCUCUGCAUCUUUAAGAUCCUUAUUAUCGUCUCUUACUCAACUCAGAAGUAUUCAUUAA